UCAAAAAGGAAAGCAGGCACGGAGGAGAAACAUCACUUUUUUUUUUUUUUAAACCAAUUUUUGAAAAUAGUAAAUAGUAAAAAUUUUCAUGCGGCGGCCAAAAUAGAUGCGCGCGAGGACGAUCAACUAUCUUUUUUUACUUGGCCUAAUGAAAAAUAAAUUGCAACUGUAUGGAAAUUAGUAAUAUUGGUCACAAAAGUGAUAUUUUAAUGAUUUUUUAAAGUGUGUGCUCUGUACAACAUUGGCAUACCAUACUCCAUAGUCCUACCUGCUGUAGAUUCCCCACAGGCAGGAUGGUUGCAGUGAACAAGUGUCUAGUACAUGUAUAUAUUACAUGUACAUCAAUCAAUAUUGGGUAUGAUUAUCAUUUGGCCCUACUUUUUAGGAUAACAGAUACAGAGAUGGCAAGGGGAAGAAGAGGCAGAGGCCGUGGUGGGAAAGCCAAAGUUGAUGAGAAUGUGGGUGUGGCUGAUGAAGCUGGCAAUGCAGAACAAGAACAGGUUGAAGACAUUGUCAUUGACGAGUUCGAAGUUGACGAAAAUGGUGAAGAUGAUGAUGGUAAAAUCGAUGAUUCUAUACUAGAAGAAGAGGAAGUAGAAGGAGGAGCGAUAGAUGACGGAGCUGACAAAUCUGAAGCAAAGGAAGCCAAAGGUGAUGAUGUCCAACCGUCAGAAGAAAUGCCAAUGGAAAUACAAGAAGCCACAAAGGAAUCCGAAGUAGAAGAGAAAACAGAGGAUAAACCAGCAGAACAGGCAUCUGAAAAAGCAGCAGAAAAGCCUGCUGAAGAGGAAAGGGAAGCUAUCCAAGAAGAGGCUAUGGAAGACACGAAAGAGAAAUCAUCUGCAAGUGAAGAAUCUAAGAAGGAAGGCGGAUCAAGGAAGAGGAAGAAGAAGGAACGUACCAGACCAUAUGAGCUUGAGAAAUACUGGAAGGCAGUGAAGACGAAUCCUGCAGACUUCACUGGUUGGACGUACCUGCUGCAAUAUGUGGAGCAAGAGGAUUACAUGCCAUUUUACCGCGAAGCUUUUGAUGCUUUCUUCAAGUGCUAUCCAUAUUGUUAUGGUUACUGGAAGAAGUAUGCAGACUCCGAGAGAAAGAAGGGUACCAUCGAGAAGUGCUGGGAGGUCUUUGAGCGUGGAUUGAAGGCUAUUCCUCUGAGCUCUGAUCUCUGGCUACAUUACAUCAGUGUAAUGGGUCAACAUAUUCCUCGGUCGGAUGAAACCAGGGCUGACAAGCUUAGAGCUUUGUAUGAAAGGGCACUUGCAGUUGCUGGAAUGGACUUCAGAUCAGAUAAACUUUGGGAUCAGUAUAUCAACUUUGAGAAGAAAGAACAGAAGGAUUGGAAGAGAGUCAUGCAGCUUUAUGAUAGAAUCCUCAAGAUACCAACCCAACUAUACAGACAUCACUUUGACAAACUGAAAGAGUUUAUCCAAGCCCAUCUUCCCAAGCAGUACCUGGACUUUGAUGAGUUCCUGAACUUUCGUGAACAGGUGGUAGCAGAGGCUUGUACAGGAGAUAUGGAUGAUGAUAUACCUGGUGAAGAUGCUCCUCCUGGAGAGGAAGCACCCCCUGGUGAAGAAGGACCUCCGGGUGUUGGUCCACCAUCUACAAAGGUCAUAGAGGGAGAAAACAAGCUUAUUCAAGAGAAAGUAGUAGAAUCUCGCCGAGCCAUUUUCAGGAAGACUGAACAAGAGGUCAGCAAGCGUUGGGCCUAUGAAGAAGCAAUCCGUCGUCCUUACUUCCAUGCCAAGCCGCUGGAGAAGGGACAGCUGAAGACAUGGAGGGAAUACUUGGAAUUUGAAGAAAGCAUUGGUAUUCAUGAUAGGACAGUACUGCUUUAUGAGAGAUGCCUGAUUGCAUGUGCACUCUAUGAAGAGUUCUGGAUCAAAUAUGCUCGUUAUAUGGAGAAGACAGGUCAGGAAGCUGCAUCAGAAGUAUUCAAGAGAGCAUGUGGGACCCAUCUACCAUCUAAACCAGCUAUUAACAUUCAAUGGGCAGCAUUUGAAGAAAAAUAUGGAAACAUUGAUCGCGCUAGAGAGAUCCUUGAGCAGCUUCAAACCAAGCAGCAAGACUCUGUCAUGAUCCGUUUAGAACGCAUCAACUUUGAACGUAGAGCUGGCAAUAAUGAUGAGGUCAUUAAGCUCUACGAGGGUUGCAUUGAUGAUGCUAAAACAGCCACCGGACAGUCUUUCUUUGCAGGAAAGCUAGCAAGGUUUUAUCAAAAGAUUCUAGGAGAUACUGAUACUGCCAUCAAGGUGCUGGAGAAAGUCUUAGUUCAAAAACAGGUGAGUCCUGUACUGAAAGAGCAGAUCUAUACACUGAUGAUGGAUGUGGAAUAUCAACGGUCACCACUCAAUGAAGAGAAAAUGACUGCCAUCUUUGAUACGGUCAUCUCAAGCAACGUACCUCAAGAUGUCAAGAUACAGUUUGCACAGCGCAAGAUACAGUUUCUACAGGACUUUGGUAACAACCCUGCAGCAACCCAUGAUGCUGUAGAUGAACAUCAGAAGUUGGUCAAGAACAUCUCAUCUAGCAAGAAACGUUCAGCAGAUUCCAGUGGGGAUGCCCCUUCUACACCAAACACCACCAGCCAGACGUCGAAUGAUACCAAGGCACCGGAGAAGAAGAAAGCUAAGACAACCAACAACCAGAAUGAUAACAAUUCAAGUGGUUCAGGGUAUAACUACAACAGUGGAUAUAACUAUAACCAGCAGUCUGGAGGAACAGCAACAACAACAACAUCAGCAGCAGCAGCUAACACAGGAAUGGGGGGAGCUGAAAUGAGCUGGGAUAGCUGGGGUGCCUGGGGUGCUGCCCAACAAUAAUCAACAACAGGUUUCAGAUUGUAUUCUCAACACAGCAUUGAUAAUGACAUUAUACAAUGUCAGUUUCAUCAGGACAACAUCUUAGUACUGGAACUCUUCAUGAGAUGUAGAAGAAACAGAACAUUGGUGGAAAGUUACCAUUUCUUUGUGUUUUGUUUUUUAUCCUUCAGAAGAUCAUAGAUAAUCAAAGCUGCAUAAUCCCAAGCUUAAAAAUGUAUUUGAUUUGGUAAUUGUUAUAAGUGUCACUGUUUUCUAAUUGUUCAUUGAUGCAUUUCAGAUGAAUUAUUGCAUUCUUAUUGAAGGUGGAUCUUUUUUAACUUUAUCAUUCAUGUUUUGAAAUUAGGAGCUGAUUGUGAAGUAGUUUUUUUUUUUUUUUGUUCUUGUAAUAUCUAUAUCAUUGAACUGCAUUUCUGAAUUGGGUUUAAAUCAAUGAAUCCUAUGUAUUUUUACAUAUGUGUAUCAUUCUCAUAAACCUCCUAAAAUUGAAUUCAUGUAAGAUUCUUGAUGUUUCAGUUUUAAAAAUCUUUUCAUAAACUCAAACCUUGACAUAUUUGUAUUCAUUCUUUUUAAAUGAAACAAAAAAGUUAACGAGAGAUGUUGGUCCAAAUACUGUAAGGAAAAUGUGUCAUGGGCAGGGAACCUACAAGAGAAGGACAGUGCAAACUAUGAAGUGAUAUAAAUUAAGACCAACCUACAAGACAAGCAGUCCUUACAAACAGGUGAUGUUGGUGGGCAACUUCCACUAAUACGUGUUGAUAAGAAUUGUGACUUUUUUUUCAAUAGGAACUCAAUUUUUGGUCUUUAUAGACAGGUGGUCUUCCAUACAGAUGGACACUCUUUUUGGCCCAAUGUCAUCUUUAUUGAUUGAAUCAAGAUAAACACAGCAAUUACUUUCUAUGCAAGGCUAUCUCUCACAGGUACAGUGCUAUUAUCAAAGCAUCAAUCAACCAAGUCCCAUUUCAAGGCAGGAGAUUCAAUUGUCGCUAAGCAAGGUGAAAAACUAGACCAUCAUAAUAAACAAUACUGAGGUUAUCUUGAUCAUUGUGAAAUGAUCAUGAACCUUGAGAAUAGUAAUGCUUAUCUAAUAUCAAGUCCAACUUCUGAAUAUCUUCAGGUACUUACUGUUCGACUAAUCUGGCUCCUAAAUUGAUUUUUUUUUUUUUUCUUGGGAUCAUAUAACUUAUAAGAUCCCAAGAUAGCAAAAUUUAGAUAUACAGUAAGCUAUUCAAAGUUCACAUAUGUCAUAAAGAUUUGAAUUUUUUAGGGGUUGUUUGUUAUAUUGAACUAACUGAAGGAAUAUUUUAGAAAUCGCUCUGUGAUUUUGAUGAUCCUGUAGUUGAAUCACUUGUUGGCAUUUUAAUUUAGAAUGAUUUAGGUUAACGGAUGCAUUUCCUUUUUUUUUUUAAUCUUUGGAGCUUUAUUACAUUACUUUAUUUUCUGCUGGAAAAAUGUUGUUUUGAAAAUUUGGUGUGUUUAUUAAUGUCUCUUAUUAUGAUGAAAGCCCUGUAAAAAUACCCUCUAAAUGUAAAUAUGCACACUAUCUGGCAAAUAGCCUUCUAAAAAGCAUAGAACAGUACAAAAUGGCAUUUUUACCAAACUAAUAGUAAUUAUUGGUUUAGCUUGGCAUUUCAGCAUUUUAAUUGUCCACUUGUAAGUUUUUGCAGAUGUAUUGGUCAAAUAUGAUUAUUAAAGUCAGCCAACCUUCAAUAUGACCAUUUAAAAAAUGUGACCCAGAACAUGGCAUGAUUUAUUGAUAUCUGAAUCAAUUUGAAUUUUCCACUUAGACUGCAGGCACAUGCCACAUUGUCCAGUUAAAGAUUCUUAACGGCUAUCUCAAGAGUAAAUGUGCGAUUAUUAUCCAUGCCCAUCAUGCACUAAAAUAUGGAAGUUCAUAGAGUUUGAAUAUCGUGAAUUCUGCAAAUACAAAAACAAAUAUUUAAAAAAAUGUACACUUUUCAUUUAGAUUGUCACAUUUUGCAAAUACUAUUGGUCAAUAAAUGUACAUGCUCAUUGUUCAUGAAUUCUUGUACUUACCCUUUCAUUUCAGUUAUAAAAUCAUUGUAAAUAUUCUUGUCAUUUGUAAAUCAUUGUUUUACAUUUGAAGUACAUCACUUUGCUCAGCAGCCUUUGGUAGUUAGCACUUGAUGUUGAUCGUUAUUGUUUGCUCACUUUGUGAUCAUGAAAAAAUAAAUAAAUUUUGUAAAGAA